AUGCAGGCCACACACACCACUGGCUCACGCUACGAGGCUCAGAAGGAAGGCAAGUCGGACAGCGAGUUGGAUGAGAUGUGGUGGAAGCAGGCUGGGGAGCUGGUUGCCAACUACUACAAGCAGCGCGAGGAGGUGGAGAAGGACGUGGAAGGUUUGAAGAAGUUCUUCCGAUCUCAGAAGGACAUGCCCGGCAAAACCAAGGCCGAUAUCGUGAAGCAGAUCUGGAAGGAGCUGCCGAAGCACAUGGACACCCCAGUGGCUCCCUUGGAUGAGGAGAUGCUGGUGGACUUGGCCAAGGAGCCGGCUGUCAUUGAAGGUGAGUUCAAGCACAGCUGGGGCACGGCAGAGAAGCUCUACAAGUCUGAGGUGCGUUGGGACAGUGAUAGCUAUGGCGUGGAUCACAGUGACCAAAGGGCUGAAGCCAUCGAUUCCUUCGGCAACCGAUACCUGCUGGGUGUCUUCGAGAACAAGGCGGACGCUGAGAAGGCCUUCGAUUCCUGGAACAAGGAGUACGAACAGGCUGGAAAGGAUGUCAAGGAGAACUUGAAGAACUGGGCCAAGCAACAGGAAGCGGAACUUGCCGAGGAGCAGGACUCCGUGGAUCGUAUCCGAAAGGCUUUGGAGGAAGCCAGGCGAUGAGCUGCGCUGAAGACGAAGCCAAUCGAAGCCAGAGUGAAGCAUAGUGAGGCUUGACUCAUCCCCACCAUGGCAGUGACAUAAUGAAUGUAAUUAGAGACCGGAACAAAAAACAACAACUACCUUCCGGCAAUGGGACCACGCUGGCGAUGGGAAAUCCCC